AUGAAUUCCAACCAGACCAUUCCCACCGCCACGGGGCCGUUGUCCACAACGGACACAGCCAUGUUGGAGGUCCUAGUCCCCGGCUAUGGCUUCAUAUCACGCAUAUUAAUGUCCUACCUGAAUUUUGAUGUCAGCGCCUACCUGCAAGUCCUAGUCAGCCUUGCUGUCUUUGGCGCAACUGCUCGAUACGUUUUACUCAUCAUUUGGGAGCACUUCAAUGAGUUAUUCGUGUCAAGAGCUGAGAUUCGCCUAGACGAUGAGACAUUCCACUAUUUGAUGUUCUGGAUCUCACGCCAGCCACAUAUGAAAAAUACAAACCGAUUCGUCGCUGGCACCAAAACCAACAGUUACUGGAGCGAAAACGAAUCAGACGACGAGCUUGACGAAGACGAAGACGAGGAUGGUCAGAAAGAUGCUUCGUUCGAUUCGUACUGGGCCAAGGUCACCACCCGGGACAAAUACAAGAAGAUCCAAUUCACUCCCUCGGAAGGCUGCCAUUACUUCUGGUACAAGAACCGUCCGCUCAUGCUCGAGCGCGAACACCGGGAAGGUGGUAUGUGGUAUGUGAUGAACAACGAGCGGAUCUUCCUAUCAUCUCUCGGUCGGAACCCGACGAUUCUGAAAUCAUUGCUGGCGGAGGCACAGCAGGCGUAUGUUGAGCGCGACAAGAACCGCACGGUAAUCUACCGCGGCUCGCGGAUUGGCGGUGCUGGUCAAUCUUUCAACUGGUAUCGGUGCAUGGCCCGGUUACCGCGUCCUCUUUCUACCGUGAUUCUUGACCAGGAGCAAAAGCAAGACUUCCUCGAUGAUAUCAAGGAGUACCUGCACCCCCGCACGCGGCGCUGGUACACGAACCGUGGAAUCCCGUAUCGACGUGGAUACCUUCUCCAUGGUCCUCCAGGGACCGGCAAGACGAGUCUGUGCUUUGCAGCGGCCGGAAUCCUUGGACUGAAGCUCUACUUGCUUGAUUUGAAUUCCACGGCCUUGGACGAGGAGAGUUUGUCGUUGCUGUUCUCGGAACUACCACGCCGAUGCAUUGUCCUGCUUGAAGAUAUCGACUCAGCAGGUGUUACAGAGGCUCGGGCCACCGCAUCUGCAUCUACUUCAGAUGCCCCCAUCAAGGAUGGGACCACCAAGGACGGCGCCGUUGAAGCGGAUAGCACAGCCGACAAAGACAAGACGAAAAAAGGGGAAUUACGCUCUCAGGACUUCUGA